AUGGGGACGUUUGGGUCACAGACCAGCAGCUACAACCGCACGAUCGGUCAGCCAGGGUGGUAUUCCUAUUUCAAUCUCCCCGCAGAAGGUGAACCAGGAUAUGCCUCAACCACAACCCCCACCAUUUCCACUGCCAAUGGAGUUUUCAGCGCUGGAGGAGCUGUGGGCACGCUAUUCAUAAUGUGGUCGUGUGAUUUCUUUGGAAGGAAAGUAAACAUCCAACUGGGUGCUUUCUUUUCCAUGUUUGGUGGUGCCCUCCAAGGGGGCGCCAACUCUAUCGAAAUGUUCCAAGCUGGACGCUUUGUGUGCGGUCUUGGGAUCGGUAUUCUAGUUACCGUUUGCCCCAUGUACCUCUCCGAAAUGUCAAGUGCCUUCCGUAGGGGCUGGCUUGUCGGUCACCAUGCCAUCUUUUUGGUCUUCGGCUACAUGCUUGCUGGGUGGGUAGGCUAUGCCUGCUAUUUUGCCGAAGAAAAGUUGGGCAGCUUUGGCUGGAGAUUUCCUUUGUGCUUGCAGUGCUUGCCUCCACUAGUGUUGCUCCUCGGGUCACCAUGGCUCCCUCGAUCACCUCGUUGGCUAAUCUCCAAGGGCAAACAUGAGGAGGCCAAAGAGAUCUUGGUGAAACUUCGCAAAUCCUUGGACGACCCUGAGGAUCUGGUUGCCAAAGAGGAGUAUUUUCAGACUGCGGAACAAAUCCGCCUUGAGGCAGAGAGACUUUCGGCAUAUGGAAAUGUAUGGAGUGCAGUCGUGAAGAAGAAAUCUUAUAGAAAGCGAAUGGCCAUCGGCUUCCUCACUCAGUGGGGGGCAGAGUUUGGUGGUCCAUUGAUCAUUAACAACUAUGCCGUACUUUUGUACACCAAUCUUGGGAUGACCGGUAGCAUGCCAUUGCUCCUGAGUGCCAUUUGGUUGACCACAGCUGGUGUCAUCUACAACCCCCUAGGCGCCUGGCUUCAUGAUAAAGUCAAUUCGCGCCGAGGCAUGUACAUCACUGGUUUUGUUGGGAUCAUCAUUACUACUUCGUGUUUGUCCGCCAUGACUGCUGAGUAUGCGGGAACCCGUAACAGAGUUGGCAAUGGAUUUGGGAUUUUGUUUAUAUAUCUCUACCUCGCGUUUCAAGGCACCUUCUGCGACACAACUAUGUACUUGUACGUUUCAGAGAUCUUCCCCACUGAAAUCCGUCCUAUUGGCAUGGGAUUUUCGCUAUUUGGGCAAUUUGCUUCCACACUUAUUCUACUCCAAACUGCCCCUAUGGGCUUCAACAACAUCGGAUGGAAGUACUACCUGGUCAUCAUUUGCUGGUCGGCUGCUUUUAUCCCUGUGAUUUACUUCUUUUUCCCUGAGACGGCCCGGUUGACAUUGGAGGAGAUUGCAAAGAAUUUCGGUGAGGAAGUAGCGGUUCAUCUCACCGAUGCCACCGACGAGGAGAAAGCCCAGGUCGAGCGUGACAUUGCAGCGAGGCUGGACACUUCCGAGCCCAUCAAUUCUGCCCGGGAUGCUGAGAGCACCGGGACUACCUCGGGUUUACCCGUGCAGGAGACUCAGUGCGAGGCCACAAAAGGCAACUGA